GAGAGUCGAAGAGAGCGAGAGCACACGAGUGAGACCAGCGGCAGCAGGGCUGGAGGCACCAGGCAUCACCGCCACCAAACCAACGUCGAAGUGCAUUUGGUCGUCGUCUCUCUUCAUUUAUAUUCUCUUUCACCCCCUCACUCCUUCCCUGCUUCUCCUCUCCCUCUCUCUCUCUUCGUUUUCUCAUAUUCGUCGUAGUGGAAGGAGAAAAGGUGUGGCUGCGGAGAAGGAGAAAGACGAAGAGGAGGAAGGGCAGGCGGUGAAAUGACGGGGCAUAAGCCGCAGGACGUGUUCGAACCAUUUCCGGUGAAGGAGCAGCUCCCCGGUGUGGAUUACUGCCUUACUAGCCCUCCGCCUUGGCAUGAGGCCGUGUUUCAGGGCUUUCAGCAUUUUCUGGUGAUGCUUGGUACAACCGUCCUCAUACCCACAAUUUUGGUUCCUCAGAUGGGAGGCGGUAAUUAUGAGAAGGCUCAGGUGAUUCAGACUCUACUGUUCGUAGCUGGAUUGAACACUUUACUUCAGUCUUUCUUUGGAACCCGGCUGCCUGUAGUCAUUGGUGGUUCUUACACAUAUAUUCUUCCCACAGUUUCAAUUAUCUUUGCUCAUCGAUACAGCUACAUCAUUGAACCAGAAGAGAGGUUUUAUAGGACCAUGAGAGGAAUUCAAGGGGCCCUUAUUGCAGCUUCGUGCUUUCAGAUAAUUAUAGGAAUUACUGGGCUCUGGAGCAUUGUGAUGAGGUUUCUCAGUCCACUUUCAGCUGUGCCCCUUGUUACUCUUACAGGGCUUGGGCUUUAUAGUCUGGGUUUUCCAGGGGUUGCAAAGUGUAUUGAGAUUGGACUUCCAGAGUUAAUCUUGAUGAUUAUCUUUACACAGUAUGUACGACACAUUGGAGAAAGGAGGGGAAUUGGCAACCGUUAUGCUGUGGUAUUCUCUAUUGCAGUUGUUUGGCUUUAUGCUCAUAUUCUAACAAUUGCUGGUGCAUAUCGGCAUAGACCUGUCCAAACCCAAUACCACUGCCAAACAGAUCGUGCUGGACUCAUCUAUAGCUCUCCCUGGAUUAGAGUUCCAUAUCCAUUUCAGUGGGGCCCACCAACUUUUAAUGCUGGAGAAGUUUUUGCCAUGAUGGCAGCAUCAUUUGCAGCCCUCAUUGAGUCAACAGGAACUUUCAUUGCUGCCUCAAGAUAUUCAUGUUGCACUCAUAUGCCACCUUCUAUAUGUGGUCGUGGUGUUUCCUGGCUGGGAGUAGGCCUUUUACUGGAUGGGAUGUUUGGUACAGCAAAUGGGUCUGCAGCUUCAGUUGAAAAUGCUGGUCUUUUGGGCAUGACACGUAUUGCAAGCAGAAGAGUAAUUCAAAUAUCUGCCGGAUUUAUGCUGUUCUUUGCUGUCCUUGGAAAAUUUGGGGCACUUUUUGCUUCUAUUCCUCUGCCUAUUUUUGCUGCUCUAUAUUGUAUCCUCUUCGCAUAUGUGGCUUCUGCAGGUCUAAACUUACUUCAGUUCUGCCACCUCAAUAGUUUUAGGACAAAAUUUAUCUUAGGCUUCUCGUUGUUCAUGGGAUUAUCAGUGCCCCAGUAUUUUAAUGAGUAUACUUUAGUUGCUGGUUACGGUCCAGUUCACACGCAUGGGAUAUGGUUUAAUGACAUCAUAAAUGUCAUUUUCUCAUCACCGGCAACUGUAGCAGCUAUUGUUGCUUAUUUAUUGGACAUGACCGUGCAACGUAAGCAUAGCCAUACACGGAGAGACAGGGGUUGGCAUUGGUGGGGGAAAUUCAGAUCAUUUAAGGAUGAUCCUCGAAGUGAAGAGUUUUACUCGCUCCCGUACAAUCUUAACAAGUACUUCCCUCCUGUUUAGAAGGAAAUGUUCCCAGCUUUACCCCUGCUCUACAAUGGUGUCUCCUGUCAUUAUCCUCUUUAGUAUGGCUAUUGUAAAUCAUGAUGCUGAAGCUGGACGAUCUUGUUGGUUCUGGAAACCAUUAGUGCUGAUGACUCCAGCACUAUGAAUCGGGCCUUCUGCUUGUUACCUUCUUUAUUGCCUGAGUUAAAGAAGGUUAUUCUGCUCGCAUAAGAUGCAAAAUUGUAAUUUUUUUUCUCCUAAAGAGAGCAGUCAAUUAGAAAUCCUUAACUUCUAUAUUUCUCUUUCGAUUCA